UUUUUUCUCGGAGCUACAACCAAGUAAGUGCUUCAGUAGUUACAGUUUGCUCUAUUAAUAUCCGUGCUCUGACUCUUUUCGCAUAAGGUAUUUAUGUGCUACUCGCAUGUAUUAACAGGUGCUGGUAAUUGUUGCUUUCUCUUGCACUGAGACUGACACAAUCACAAUCUACUAUUGAGCCUAAGUUUCGUAUAGGCGUCAAGCAUCUUCGAUAAGGUAAGUCAUACUCUUUGCCGCGUCAGCUACUUCAAGUGUUGAGUCGAGUUGAUAAUAUCCUCAGCACAAUUCCAUUUGUGUAUCCAUAGUUUAGCGUAGUUCUACCUUGAACUUGGUGUAGUAAACAAACGACCUAAAACUAUUUAUUGAGAGAAAGAAAAUAAAGGCAAAAACUAAGUCGACGCAUUAACGAAUUGUGAGGGGGCAAACGAUAUUCUAUAUCCAUCGAGAGAGACAAAUGUGAGCGGAAUUCGAAGUUUCACGAACUUGUAACUUCGCCUUCCAAACAUAAUAGGCCUGGAGGUGAAGUAUUAGCAGCCGUGUCGUGUGGAACUAGUCACAAAUCUGAACUGGAAAAGAACGAGCUUUGCUUUACCUUUUUCCACCACAGCCUGUUACUACACAGGCCGCGUCAGAAAGAGAAAAAAAAUGUCGCAACAACAACACCAAAAGUUUACUGCGCCGCCGCCUGGCGCGGUUAUUUCGCCGAAGAAGAGCGGCAUGAAGCGCACUGGAGAGGAGCAGGAGAAGGGAGACCUUCGUAGUACUGUCAACUCGCCAUCCAAGAAGAAUUCGUCGUCCACCGCUUGGCCCACCUACGGUUCGACCAUCGUGCUCCCGUCUCCGGCCUUUGGGGAGGUGAUCAACACCAUGGAGUACUCCAUUAACCCCUUCAUGCAGGCGGGGCACGUGCCGAAAAACGUGCGGAGCAAAUUCUCGUCGGAGCUCAUCAAACUGCACCGCACGAUCAGUCGCCAUUUCGCGCUGGAUAGUACUAAAAGUUCUACUUCUACUUCUUCCAUGCAGGACAAGGUCAAGGGCACCGCCACGACUGCAUCAAGCGCAAAAAGCCCAAAGAAGAUGAAGAACAACGCCAAUGGUGAAAAUGACAGCGCGACGUUAACAUCAAGCGGAGGCUUUAGUUGCGGCGAAGGAGGAGCUUCAUCGAUCACCGUUAAGGCAAUCCAGCCGAUGCAGACCUGUUUCCCCCUGGACCUGAUUCUGGCCGGGAUUCGGGGCAACUACUUUUCGGAGGGUGCAAAGGCCGAGAUUGUGAAAACGCUGGGAGCGCACUGGAUGUCUUCGAACAAGAACAGUGGUGUUUCAUCCGGAGGCUCUACUGCUAUUUCGCCAAAGAUGAAUUCAAAUUCUUCUCCCAGCAUGGCUUCGUCCACUACUUCUAAGCUGAAAAAGGCGCGUCCGGAACUGGAAAAGCAGGUGGUCGAAGCGAUUCUGCGGCUGAACGAGAAGCACAACUACGAUGAGCAGGAGGAAAAGGAAAACCAGGAGCAGUUACAGGGCGGUCUCUCGUCGUCCGGCACUAACCAAAACGCAACAGACGCCGACACGUUCCGGAAGGCUUCCUUCUCCACCUCAACGCGCUCGACGACCAGCUGCAGCUCCCGCGCGUCCUCCACCAAACGUGACCAUGCCGCUGCGUUUCUGUCCAGCAGUUCUUCACCGAGCUCGGACGAAGUGAUGACUUCUGCUCUGCUUCUUGAGGAGCCGCCGCGCAAACGGGCCAAGACGGACUCCCUCGUGACGAAGACGAAGAACUACUCGACUUCUAAUAUCGCAGAUGAGGAUGUUCUUGAAAAUAAGAUCGAGAACCGCACGUCCCUCGCAGUGUUAAUAUCCGACGACGACGCAAGAAUCCAGAAGCCGUUUAUCGAGAAGAAAGUGAAGUCUGUGUUUGACUCCCUGAUCAGCAGCAUGGCGGACGCCGUUUACUUGGCGAAUCUUGGGCUGUACCUCGGGAAAUCCCCCGUUUUGGACAACAAGGAGGUUUUCAUCGUGCAAUCCCCGCGCAUGCUCGAGCGGCAACUGGAGAACCCGUUCAUGCGGGCGGUAGCGUUGCAGCUCGGCUGGUUUCCGCUCGAAUUGGCGAAGACCUUCGAGGGGAUGGCGGACCUGGUGUCGGUGAAAGUGACAACUUCUUCGGAGAAAAAGAAGAACGUGUUACUCGGGUUUGACAGCAGUCGGUCGGACAAGAACGCGUACCAAGACGUGAUCACCUUGGCGAAGGACGUGCUGAAAAUCGAUUCUUUUCCGGACGAGGUGAUCAUCGUGGAGGCCAAGGACAAGGCCCACGGCUACCACCAAGACCUGGCGAUUCUUUCCCUGUUCAACGGGAUAUGAGAGUGCACAACUCCGCCUCGGCCUCAUUUGUCAUGCAAAAUGCCUAAUUUACGCCUGGGCUCUUGGCACUGUUUGCAUGAUAAGUUCUGGCGGCCCCAAAUAGCACUACACGCCUACCCAAAUUUGUCAUGCAAAACCUGUAUUCUUGCUGACGCUUGAGUUGCUGUUCAUGCAAUACAAAUGAGGGGGAAGGGGAGUCGUGCACUUUCAUACGGGAAAGCGUGUGUGGGCGAUCAGGUUCUCACCGACGCGUCGCUGCAGAAACUGCGGAGCGAGGUGUUCUAUGACCUCCUCAAACGUUACAAUCUCAAACGUUACAAUAGAAUCUGAGAUUUGUGUUGCAUGAUGAGCAUGACAGAUUCGCACAGCGUUCCACCUUUUGCAAUACAAAUUUCGCCAGAUCGUCGUGGGGUUUAGGGCUCCGGAACUUGUCAUGCGCAACCCUAUCAGUAGAUUUCGCUAGAUCAUGCACUUCUUGCAUCAUAGAUUUUCAUAUUCUAUUCUAACGUUUGAGAUAAUUGUAACAGCUGAGCAGGUUAUAUCUUCGACGAGGUGUUUCUGAUUCCCAAGCAGGAGUGGAUGGCGUUUGCGCUGAACUCCAUUCUGGUCGACGAGCGCAACUGCGCGAACCUGUUGGAAAAGGCAAAGCGGUUGGCCAUCAUUCCGCCCCGGUGCCCGACCUUGCAGGGGAUUUUGGAGAAGGAAGGUAUAGUGCUUUAGUAGAUGAAGGAUAAAUGGAAAGGAAAAUACACAAACUACUACAACGCAAACGCUGCAUGUGCAUCAAGAAGACUAUAAGAGAAUACUAAGAUUAGGAUGACACCCGAAUAUGAAUAUCUUCGCAAGUUUGUUAUGCCGUCGAGUUGUUGCACUUGCAUGGCAGCCUAAUUGUGGUGCAGGAGUACUACUGCGUAAUAAUCCCACAUUUGUUUCUCAUACUAGAGCAAGCUGUUUACGCACCAUGACCAUCACAGGUUACACCACCGUCGUCCAGGACCUGGCUUAUGCGCAUGGUGGCGGCUUCCUGCGGUGCUUGACCCUCUUCGCAGAACACUCUACGGCCUCGGGUGGUUCUUCAACAAAUGAAGGAGCGAAUCAUGGAAGCGAGCCCAUGACUGCAGCGGAAUACGAGCGGUUGUGUGCGAAACUGGAUAGUAAGAACUGCAGCAACAAUCCUUCCAUCGCUACUCUCUGCCACUGGAACAACCCCAUGAUUCACACUGCGACCAAGCAGAUCGCCGAGUCGAUUUCGAUAUCCUGUGCAAAAGUUGUAUCGUAGUCGUACUAAUCGCGGUCAUGGUCAUGCAUGACAGAUCUAUCGCCGAAGGGAAAUCAGCAUCACAAGUUGGAUAUUUUCUCCUGGACCAAUUUGCAUUGCAAUUUGUACUAGUACGAUGCUUUUUGCAAUGCAUAUUAGAACGGGAAUUUGUCGGUUUUGGACAAUGAUCCGACCAGAGUGAUGGUGACGGGGACGAAGGUGAAACCGGUCUCCGGGGCCUCGUAGGACCUGUCAGUUCAUCUUGCCGUGGUUGUAAGUACUCAACAGUACGAAUCAUGUGAAGAAUCAAUAGUGAAAAAUUGUUGAAUUUUUGUUUAUUGUAUGAACUCCAACAGUAGCACAGGAACCGAAACCACGCUUGUGACCUUCAUUCGACCUUGUUUUUCCGAUUUACUUAUCGUGUUGACUCGUGCUUUUCGAUCGACGCCCUGAUCGACGAUUUCUUUUUUAGUACAUUAGAAAGCUGAAUAAAAUCACCCCUAUGUGGUGAUUUAUCCCGAAAUAAACCUCCUUGAGCCACUAUGAGUCAUAUUGAGCUCUCAAAGAACAUUUGAAAACUGGCGAUCGCCACACAGCUUGUAUCUGUAUGCAGAAUAGUAGUUGUCGUACCGGAAGUCGAUUAUAUCCAGCACUACCACGAUUUCUAAAUAUUUAUACGAGUGAUAAAUGAAGAGUAUGACAUUCUUUUUAUCACCACAUGCUUUUUUGUCCCACCCUGUAAAUUGUACUUGUUUUCCCGCCGUUUCAUUGGCAGCUUCCUCCUAUCGCGAACUAUUUGUUUGUUCUAUAUUUUCCCUGACAGGUGAGUAGAGAUGACUGGUGGUAGUUUCCUUCUAUCACAAAUAGUUUUCUCAUCGAGUCAUACCGUCGCUGUCAGCCGGAAGAACUCCAACCAAGACAUCACAAAGUUUGACGUUUUCUUCUCCACAUUUCGCUUAUUUGUCGUUUUGACCUAGAUCUACCUGCGCAGACGUUAUUUGUACAUAAGUACCUAUAUUUGAAAAAUUCAACAUCAGCACGUCGUCCUCAUCGGUCUUCAUUUAUUCUUGUUUCAUCUUCCAGACCGUGUGAUGAGCGCUGUGAUAAACUAAUAUCUGCUUCACAUGUUGUUGUCGUGUGGUACGCUGGUACCGUCGUGAACUCUCUUUUAUUGCAAAGCACAACAAGCAAAACGAGAAUGAAGAGGAGAUCAUAACAUAAGCAAAAGAACCCACGACAUGACCGAAGUUCUAAAUCAAGUUGUUGAAAAUUUAGUAUAAAUAAAUGGUACGCUUCUUGACACUGAGCUGACAUCACGCAGCCUCCACCUACUACUAGUCUUCACAGAGAAGUAUAGCUCCUGGCGCUUCAGUUACAGUUCGAAAGAGCGGUAGCAAGCGCGCUUAGCAACUACAUGCGGGACUAUGCAAACUCGUGGUCGUGGUAAUGAAAACAUUUUCGGCGAACUUCAGUAAUUAAGCAAGGGGAAUUGAUUUUUUGGAAAUAUGGAAAAGGUGUCUUCAUUGAGAGCACGAGUACAGUAGAGCACAAGAUAAUGAUACUGUGCAUGCCGGGAACCAACUAGAUGACGAUGAGCAGCAAUGAAAAUAAAGAAAUUGAACGAUAUGGACGAACGCAAUAAAAGCUCGAGUUAUCAUGAUUUCGCUUUCGGAUGUUGAUCCUGAUCCAAGCAGAUGUAGUUGCAGCCGAUGCUAAGAAGUAGGCACAGCAGCUCUUUCGAGGGAAGACAAUGAAACCGGACCCGUCCUCUGCUCGAGUCAACGAACUUUAAUUUAGGGAAAAAGAAAAUGAAAAACAAAUACCACACGACGCCGAGUUGAGAUGGAGCCAGCUAUUCUCCUCGAGAUACAGAUUUCUUUUUAUGGAUGUGAUGAACUGCAUCUUUUUCUUCUACUGUGAUACAACGAU